CUGGAAUUAUUCAAAGCUGAAUUGAAGGUCUACUAAGAUAUAAGAGAAGGCCGCCUAGUAUACUUGGGAUGCAACGUGGAGGAAUUCUCACUCAAUCUUGCUCCAUUAUGAGCUGACGGUGACCCAGAGUAUACAAGGCAUUCAAGAAUCUGCCUGGAAAUUACUACCAAGGAACAUCUGUCCCGUACCCCGCUUGCCAACCCUGCCUCCGGGAGUGAAGAUGGAAAACAACUCAGAAUCCACACGCAGAAACAACUUUUCAUUCCCCUUACAAACCAGGCUCCUUUGGAAAUUGAGGGUUCUGGCAUUUUUCAGAAAUUACGUUCCUGGAAAAACAUGGCGUGAGCGUCUCUUGAAAGCCUCAGCUCAGGCUUCCUUUCCUACGCGGACCCUUCUAAUAAAAGCCAGGACAGGGGCUUCACAGGGAAGCAAACGAGAAGGCCACCCAUGGCUCUCCGCACUGGGGGUGUUAAACUCAAAUUUUGUAUUAGACGCCACUGUUCAAUGAACGACCGCGAGGGCGAGGGCGUCACGCGUGCUAACAUACCCACGCGCACGCGGCGUCUAUCUUGUAGACGCACUAACCUUGGAAGAUUUGCGUUGCGACUAGGAAAGAUUAGAAGAAGACGUGUGGUCUCACACAGGCUGAGUCUGGGAUCCCAGCUUUCCCCCUGGACGGCGGAUGGCUGUCGGCCGUCGGAGGGCAGAGGAUGGGGGCGGCAGCGUGGCAGCCCCGCCCAGACUCCACCCCCGCCGCACGUGCUCAGAGGGGCCGAGCGGCACAUCCCCGAACAGCCACAGCCGUUGGCGUCCACGCCUCUGGCCUCACGUCAACAACCUCCACCUCGCGUGCUUCUCACGGUCGGGGCAGAGGGGUCAACGUCGUCACAACCAUCCCAACCGUGUGCCGGAAGCUCUGCAGACGGCUCCUCAGAUACAGCACCUGAGCGAGUGAUCAUCUCCAUCCAGGACUGCAAGCAAACACUGCCCUCUUGUGCACUGAACAGUGCCGAGUCGGCGCGGAGAUGUUUCCACCCAGCACCCGUGGACGCCUCGCAGGCAGGCGUACAGCUGCCUCUCCGCGGCCCGGAGGGGUGUCGGGAAAGGAUGACACACAUCUGUGUCCAGGGUGCUUGCCAAAGUGUCCCCAGACUGCCUUCCGGGACAGACUGUGAGAAAAGAUUCAUUCCUCAGGACUUCCCUGGCAGUCCAGCGGGUAAGACUCCGCCCUCCCAAUGCAGGGGCCCCAGCUUCGAUCCCCGGUCGGGGAACUAGAUCCCGUAUGCAUGCCGCAACUAAGAAUCCACAUGCCGCACCUAAGAAGUCCACAUGCCGCAACUAAGACCCGGUGCAGCCAAAAUAAAAAUAAAUAAUUAAUUUUAAAAAAA